AGACAGGUAACGGUAGCUACCAAAGUUAACGUAACUGAGAAAAACUGCUACGUCUUCCAAGCAUUUAAUUUUAUCAGUUCCACCUUUGUACUGGUCAGAUGUUUUACUUGUUUUUCUAUUUUGGUGUAUAUGUUGCAUAAUUUAACGCACCCAUCGAUUACCUCCUGCUUGUCAGAAAUAUGGCUAGCAUUAGCAAGCUACAGUGAACAGGAAACCAAGUUGGUUACAUUACUCUAACCUACGUUUGUUGCAAACUGAACAUUAGUAAUCGUGCCCUAACUUAACAGGCUGUAGUUAGCUAAUAUAUUGCAAGUUAACUCGCUUGUUAACAGUCACGUUUAGAAGUUAGACUAUUGACGAGGGACCGAGGAAUCUAUGCCUGGUAAAUAGUUGACGUUUGCGGUGAUAGGUGGAUGUUCCUGUCAGUGAAGGCAUGCCUGGAGCUAAACAGUAGUUAGCAACGUCCCGGGGUCCAGGUUAUGAUACAGUGGAAUGGACGAAACCCAGUGGGGGGAUGUGAACUCCAUGCAAGAUGAGGAUUCACUCAUAGAAGGUGUCAGCAACCCAGUACUUGCUGUGGUAAUACUGAGUGUUACAUUUCUGGGUGGACUGGCAGUUCUGCUCUGCAGAAAUGAGCAGCAGAACAUCCACCCAGAGAACCAGGAACACGUGAGAAUCAUCCGGCAGCAGCUCCAGUCAGAGCAGGAUGCACCUGGAGAGCCCAGGCACCAGUUCUACACGGACAUGUCCUGUCCUGUGUGCUUACAGCAGGCUUCCCUGCCUGUGGAAACCAACUGCGGUCACCUCUUCUGUGGUGCCUGUAUCAUUGCAUACUGGAGGUACGGAUCAUGGCUUGGAGCAAUAAACUGUCCCAUCUGUAGACAAAUGGUGACCCUGCUGUUCCCGCUCUUUCAGGAGCAACCCCUGCCAAAUCAGGCACAGGAUGGCCAGGUUGAGGCCAGACAGAUCCUACAGGAUGUCAACGACUACAAUCGGAGGUUCUCGGGUCAGCCAAGAUCUCUUAUCGACCGCCUUCGCGACGUGCCCACCCUGCUGCGCCACGCGUUCCGGGAGAUGUUCUCAGUGGGCGGGCUCUUCUGGAUGUUCCGCCUCCGCAUCCUGCUGUGCCUGGUGGGGGCGCUGACGUACCUGGCCUCCCCGCUGGACUUUAUCCCCGAGGCGCUCUUCGGCCUGCUGGGGUUCAUGGACGACCUGUUUGUGAUCCUGCUGCUCUUCAUAUACAUCUCCAUCAUGUACCGCGAGGUGGUGACCCAGAGACUGGCUGGGUGACCUCCCACGUUGGCGCAAAGGCGCUUUAGGGCGGCGGUCCUGCUGGCUUUCUGGGCCUCUCGUCUCAGGAGAUUCUUUUACCUCAAACUCCACCAGCAUUCAGUGACGCCCUGUUGGUCUGUGUCUAUUACCAGCGAGUCCUCUGAUGUCACAUUUUACUGUCUUACAUCAGCUCCCGCACGCAUGAGUCAUCGUCCUCCGACUCAUAUCUGUGAGCGGACUUAUAGGCAGCGGUGUGAUAAGAGGCAGCGCUUGACAUUACAUUCUUUGGUGAGCACGUGCGUUUAUGCGCUCUUCUAAAUCGAUAACAAAGAUGAAGAUUACAGAAAUUAAUGAUGCUAUACACAUCAGAUUGGGGAUUACAAUUUGGGGAUAAAAACGCAUUAAAAAUUGUUUUUGUCGAACAUACCAAGCAUCUGCAGUAUUACAUGCAUUUUCUAAAUCCAGCUAAAUGUUCCGUUAGUUUCUCUUAUACCUGCAAAAUUGUUCUAGGCAACUUUAAAAAUAAUUUAAUGGUAGUAGAGAUCAUGUCAAACAUAAUGAUAAAAAUAUUUCUGGAGCAGUUUUAAUAAAGAAUACGAAAUGGCCACAGACACUCUGGAAGCACUCAGCCUGAUAAGCAGAGCAUAAACGCAAGAUAGCAGAAAAGCUUACCAGCAGGGGCUUCAGUUUCCGAUGUCCCAGCGCUGGUUCUUCACUGACUGAUGGAGCUGUUCACUGUCUCCUUGCCUUAUUUCCAUUCAUCAUGCUGGUGGAGUUGGUCACACUUUAAUUUAAGGGGUUGUUUGUAUUGCUUACUAAUGCAUGCAUUACCACUUUCAACAUGAGCUUUGAGGACUUUCACAGACCAGGCAAUACACAGGUAACUCAUAACCCUCUUAUUGGUUGAAAAUCUUUAUGUAAUCUUUACAAUCUCUGUAUUAUAUUCCAUCCAAACAAGUACUGUGUCCAAGUGCUAUAUGCAUGUUACAUGAUGUAACUUUACAGAACUGUUCAUAUUUUGCUAUAUGCCUUAUCUGCUAACAUUGUGGUCUGUAAAAUUGCAAAAGACAUCAUUAGUAAGUAAUACCACUUGAAUACCAUGUUUACAGUGUAGAUACGCCCUUACAUUAAAGUGUGAUGGUGGAGUUUACCUGAGACAGAACAAUUGUCAAAUGGGAAUAUCUCCCUGAUUAUCUAUAUGCGACAGUGGCUGUAUGUUUGUAAUUAUGGUGGGAUGUUUCUGUUGAUAAUGAGAAAUUGUUUUUCUCUAUUAAAGCAAACCGUGCUUCAGGCUUGUAUUUUGAAAAUUCAAAUAAAUAUUGAUGAUUAGGAGAAAUUCCUGAUGAAUUAA